AUGUCUCCACUGUGCCCCGUGCUGCUGGCCCUGGUCCUGGCCGCCGUCCCUGGCAUCCGAGGCGCCUGCCCCGCGGCCGCUGACCUCAAGAGCUCCAACGGGACGCGGAUCUGCGCCAAGUUCUACGACAAGAGCGACCCCUACUAUGAGAACUGCUGCAGGGGCGCCGAGCUGGCGGUGGAGCCGGGCGCCGACCUGCCCUACCUGCCCUCCGGCUGGACGAACGUCAUCUCCUCGCUCGUGGUGGCCCAGCGCUGUGAGGUCACCGUGUGGUCCCGCCGCGGCAAGGGCGGCAAGACGCGCAAGUUCUCGACCGGCAGCUACCCGCGCCUCGAAGAGUACCGCAGGGGCAUCUUUGGCGACUGGUCCAACGCCAUCUCCUCCAUCUACUGCAGGUGCCCUGCUGCCCGCGCCUCUGAGCGCACAUUUGCGUCUAGAGCUCCAAGCCCGGGGCCCAGGCCCCAGCUCUACCCCCGGCCCCGGCCUCCGUGUUUGUCCUGA